CAUCGGCAGCAGCAGCAGCAGCAGAGAAGAGAAAUCAACAUCGUUGUGAACUUAUGUAGACAGCAAAAAGUUGACGCCAUAGGCCAGACGAGAGACGAGAGACAAGAGCCAAGGUUUCUGCUCCCUUGGCCCAUUGAUUGGAUAAUUGAAAUAAUCUCGAAUCAGAUCAGCAGCAGCAAAAGAAUUAUUAGCAGCAGUAUUAACAAAAGCAAACGUCGAAAUAGUCCGUAAUCGUUAUCACACAAAAAAAGCAAAGCAAAGCAAAAGCAAGCUGAGCAGCAUGUCCUAGUAUUAGUUGACGAAUAGCUUGAGUUUGUGGGUGGAAACGUGGGCAAAUAUUUUUGCAGAGCAGGAGAAAUUCGAGUUCCAAAAGAAGCCGGAGCAGCAGGACCAGCAAAUGCGUCAGCAUGGCGUCCGGAGACGACACCAUUGACAUGGACAGCUCCUCGACAUCGCAGGCGAAACUGGCGGAACCGAAUGCCUCCUCCACCGACCAUGUGGGUAACUCGUCACCCGACCUCGGCAAUCGGCCGUUGCGGGAGCGACAGGUCAACAAGACGGACAAGGAGCGCAAGCUUGGACAUCGACGUGUUGGCGAAGGUGGCGAGAUUACCUACAAGAAGAUACAGACAUCGCAGAUUAUGGGCUCCAUACAGCUGGGAAUACAGCAUACAGUCGGCAGCUUGGCAUCGAAGCCCAAACGUGAUCUACUUAUGAUGGACUUCUGGGAAAUCGAGAGCAUUACGUUUCCGCCAGAGGGUUCUAGCCUUACACCUGCCCACCAUUAUAGUGAAUUCAGAUAUAAGAUCUAUGCACCCAUCGCUUUUCGUUAUUUUCGUGAUUUGUUUGGCAUACAGCCAGAUGAUUUUAUGAUGUCUAUGUGCACUUCGCCUUUGCGCGAAUUAUCGAAUCCUGGUGCUUCCGGCUCUAUAUUCUAUUUGACGGACGACGAUGAGUUCAUUAUCAAAACGGUGCAACACAAAGAGGGUGAAUUUUUACAAAAACUACUGCCUGGUUACUAUAUGAAUCUGAAUCAAAAUCCGCGCACGUUAUUGCCGAAGUUCUUCGGUCUCUACUGCCUGCAGACGAGCAAUGCCAAAAACAUUCGAUUGGUGGUCAUGAACAAUCUGCUGCCAUCGGCGGUGCGAAUGCAUCUGAAGUACGAUCUCAAGGGUUCGACGUUCAAGCGCAAGGCAUCGAAAGCGGAGCGUGCCAAGAAAUCGCCAACGUACAAGGAUCUCGACUUUAUGGAACAGCAUCCCAAUGGCAUAUUCCUCGAGGCGGAAACCUAUUCGGCGCUCAUCAAAACCAUUCAGAGGGAUUGCACAGUGCUCGAAUCCUUCAAGAUUAUGGACUAUUCGCUGCUGCUGGGCGUGCACAAUUUAGAUGUGGCACUCAAGGAGAAGCAGAGUGAGCACCGGAAGCCGAUGAAAGCACCGCUGGCCGAGGACUCGGAUGUGGAUGAACCACUCGAGGAGUCAGAUGCCAGGGAUCGAGACACAGCAACGGGCAUCAGCAGAAACAAUGUGGCAUACAGAUCGGUGAAUCGACAGCGACUCGUGGCACACUCGACGGCCAUGGAGAGCAUUCAGGCGGAGAGCGAGCCCAUCGACGACGAAGAGGAUGUGCCACCUGGUGGCAUUCCAGCGCGCAGCGAGAAGGGCGAGCGUCUGUUGCUCUACAUUGGCAUCAUCGACAUCCUUCAGUCGUACAGACUCAAGAAGAAGCUGGAGCACACAUUCAAAAGCAUCAUACACGAUGGCGAGACCGUCUCGGUGUGUCGACCCUCGUUCUAUGCUCAAAGAUUUCAGAACUUUAUGGCCAAGACCGUAUUCCGCAAGAUACCAUCGCUGGAUCUCCCAGAGAUCAAAGGAAAUCACAGAAAAUUUCGUACCUUGGUAACCAGUUAUAUAGCAUGUCUCUCGAUCUCACCUCUAAAGCAUUCGCCGUCGAAGAGAAAAAGUCUCUCCAAGGCCAUACAACGCUCCAUCGACAGCGAGAACGAGGCCAUCCGACCUUCGCAUUCCCACAGUAGCGGCAAAAUCCAUCAGCCAACGAAGACGCCAACCACAGAGCCCACGUCUGCAGGCACAAGCUCGGAAAGGGAACGCGAACGGGAUCGGGAUAGAGACCGGGAUCGUGAUCGCGAUCGAGAGAGCGGACGCCAUUCGAGUGCCGCUAGCCAGAGCAAUGUGCCACCGCCAGUGCGGCAACGUGCGUCCACCUCCGGAUCGGCAGCUGCUCCAGCGGCGAGCAGCAACCUGAAGGCGCGUGUGCCGCCGCCAGUGCCACCGCGAGGAUCGCCGCGACGCAAGGACACACAGGACAGUCGGGCACACUCGACCACGCCAGGCACAACUCCAUCAUGCAGUUCAACACCUCCCCCUGCCUUUGACGACAUCUCCGAGGACAGUUCGAACAAGAACAGCACAUCGUCGAUGGGUCGCAGGUCGCAUCAUCAUCAUCACCAUCAGCAACAGCAGCAGCAACAGUCGAGUCAGUCCAGUCAUUACUAUCAGCAACAGCCACAGUAUUUGGAUCGUAAAAUGAACAUUGGUCCCGCCUAUCGAGGCUCCUACAAGGAGGAUAUCGUUAGCGUUUCGGAGGUGCAUUUGGACACGUUUCUGGCGGUGGACACAUCGUCGAGCAGUCACUAUGGGUCACGUGGUGGCCUGGCCUGGACGCCACCGGCAUCAGGUGAGGGCUCGACACCCACUUGGACAGAGGGCACACCCAGUUUUACGGACUCCAGUUCGAGUGGUGAUCUCGACAACUUCUCGCCCAUAAACUCAUCUAAAAUCGAUCGACACAAGCCGACGGUGGAAGAUGCCAUCAACUCUCUGUCCUCGGGAAUGAUCAACUAACAUAGCAUGCGCUGAUGGAUGAAUUGAUAACACACAAGACACAACAAGAACAACAACAUCAACCAGAACAACAACAACAACAACAACUACUUCUUAUAUACAUGGUGCGAAUAGAUAUUGUAUUGAUCGGAAUGAAGUUGUGUAUUCGAGUGCACUUGUAUAGCUAGGAUAUAAUCAAAAGUAACGCGCCCUAUUUUCCCCCUUCCUCGUAGAACUCCAAGUACCACAGUUUUACAGACACAUCCACGACUCGUUAACGAAAUAUCGACUAUAGAGACGCAUAUACUAUA